AAAGAAUGAAAUCAUCACAAAAACAAUUUUACUGAAAUUCUUCUCCUCUCAAAGUAUUCUUUAAAUCUAUCCAUGUUGUGUAGUAACUAGCUCCAAAUUAGCUCGAAAUUUGUGUUUUAAAUUAUUAGUAAAAUGAAUGAAUCCGAAAUACAUUCGGUUCUAAGUCAAGCAUUGGAUGCCGAUGAAUCCAAAAAUGAAAGCCUUGCUAUUUCACUGUACAUGAAGACGGUGGAAAUGAUUCUACAAAUUCAAGACAAGGAAACACGAGCCAGAUUGAAUAAGUUUGCCACUCAAGCACUAGACCGUGCUGAGGAGCUCAAGGGUAUUAAAAGAGAAAAUGUAGCUAGUCCUUCGGUACCAGUUCAACCGACGAUAUCCGUAAAACAAUCAUCUAACACGCAACCGUCACUUGGAUUAGCUGGCAGUCAGGUGUAUACGGACGAAGAAAAAAAAGUCUUGGAACAUACAUCGCAUAUCAACUCAAACAUUUUCGUUCCGUUUAUGAGCGUCGACUUGAAGGACAAAUUUGUGUUUUCCAUUCCAUUUACGGAUAAGGAUGGGUAUUUGGAGCUAGCACCGAAGCAAAAACGAGAUUUCAUCGAGUGGAGGAGAAUAAGUGAAAUUUGUGAAGAACCGAAGCUGGUGUCUGGAAGAUGUGUAGAUUUCUACAGCAUUAAACAAACAGUUGUGAGCGAUUGCAGCUUGGUUGCAUCACUUGCUGUAGCAGCCCUCUAUGAAAAACGGUUCGGAAAGCAGCUGAUCACGUCGAUUAUUUAUCCAAGAAAUUCAAGAGAUGAACCGAUAUACAAUUCGAGCGGAAAGUAUUCCAUCAAGUUGCAUGUCAAUGGGAUACCGCGCAAAGUUGUUAUAGACGAUUAUCUACCAGUUGGACGGUAUAAUCAGCUUCUGUGCUCGUAUUCCAACAACAAAUCUGAAUUUUGGGUAUCAUUGCUUGAGAAGGCGUACAUGAAGGUGAUGGGAGGUUAUGACUUUCCAGGAUCGAACAGUAACAUUGAUUUGCACGCAUUGACAGGAUGGAUUCCGGAGCGAGUGGCAAUUCGACCGAAAGAACCAGACUUCAAUGCCGAUCAUGUAUUCGAAAGACUGCAAAAUGGCUUAGCUCAAGGUCGAUGUUUGAUAACGGUAGCUACUGGUGAACUUUCUGAUGAAGAAGGUGAUCGAACGGGUCUGGUUGCUACGCAUGCCUAUGCAGUGUUGGAUUUGAAAGAAAUUGAUGGAGUGAAACUUUUACAACUGAAAAAUCCCUGGUCACAUCUUCGUUGGAAGGGUAACUAUUCGGAAUUAGAUGCUGUACAUUGGACUACCAAACUUCAAGAAUUACUAGGCUACGAUCCAAAACUUGCUGCUCAAGUGGACAACGGUGUUUUUUGGAUUGAUUAUCAUUCGAUUCUGAAUUUCUUUGACGUUUUCUACUUGAACUGGAAUCCUGCGCUGUUUCAAUACACCUACUGUAUCCAUCAAAAAUGGAGCGCUGGCGUCGGUCCUACGAAGGACGCGUACACGAUUGGUGAUAAUCCACAAUAUCAAUUAUCAGUAGGGGCCGGUCGUGGAUCGAUUUGGGUGCUUUUAACGAGACAUAUUACGUCCAUCGAGGAUUUCCGCGAAAACAAGGAGUACAUAACGUUGCUUGUGUAUCAAAAUAAUGGAAAGAGAGUCUACUAUCCCUAUGAUCCUAAGCCAUACAUUGAUGGUGUCAGAAUAAACAGCCCUCACUACUUGUGUAAGAUUAGAAUGGAUCCAGCACAAGCUAAGAAGUACACGCUUGUCGUUUCCCAAUAUGAGAAGACAGCCACAAUUUACUACACUCUACGUGCGUUCUGCCGCGACAAUUUCGAACUGAAACCAUUGACCCGAGUUUACUAUCAAACCCAUCAGGUUCAAGGCGAAUGGAAUGAACAAACUAGUGGCGGUUGUCAAAACCAUCCGGAAUCAUACAAAAACAAUCCGAAGUAUCGCAUCAACUUGGGCCCGAAAGAAAACAGCAAUUUGGUGUGUGAAUUGCGCGGACCGAAAGUCUACCAGGUGGGAUUGGAGCUAACUGUCGGAUCGCUAGCAGAUGCAGAGGUUACAGCACCAUUCGUUUCAAAAGUCACCGGCACGUACAGAUCUGGUUUUUGUGUCCUUGAUUUGGAUCAUUUGCCGGCGGGUAUUUACUAUUUAACACCGUCCACGUAUCUACCGCAACAGCAGAGUCCGUUUAUUUUAAAUUUUAAAGCCUCCACAAACAUUGUGGUUGACAGGGUUCAGUAAACGAAUCGAAUUAAUCAUACGAAAUCAGUAUACCUGCUUGCUUCAAUCACAACAUUUCGUCUAGAGAAGUAAUAUAUUUUUGUUGAAUCGUUUCCACGCACUCCCAGAGUUGUUUUAUAUUUUCUAUUUUUGUGAAACUUCUUUUAAAGUUGAAAAUUAUAAUGAAAUUUUACUCGA